GAUGUAGAAACUGCAACUAUGACAAAUUCAAUUUCCUGCGAAAACAAAAAUUGAAUGCGAAAUACAAGUAAGAAACUUGAUCUAAACUCAAAGUGAAUUCCUGAUAGAUAUAAAUCAAAGAUACGCUUGAAUGGAAUUAAAUUGAUAAUGUUGCACGCGGAAUGGAGGUCACGCCAUUUGUGAAGAGACGAUUGCGAGCAGACGAAAAAGUACUGUACUGUAUUCUGGGCCGGAUCAUAGAAGACAAUAUCCAGGCAGAGAGGUACAUCGCUGUCGUACAGAAACAGGCAGAUACUGCGUUAUUCCUGUUCUCUUCCCGGGGAAUCCCCUGCACUAGUGAGAAUGAUUUAUCUGUGGAGGAUGUGAUAAAAGUAAACGAGGAUUUCCAUUUCCGACAAAACAAUGUCAACAGACAAUCCUCUCUUGAUGACUUUGAUCCUCUGAAAAACACUGAGCAGGUGGUUGAUCUUUUUGUGGGAGGCAAGAACGUCAGGGUAUUACUGAAAGAUGCUGUGGCAGCCAAAUCAUUAAUUACCUAUCUACAGAAAGCCCAGAGUCAACUCCCACAAGGUGCCCCCCAGGGCCUUCCCUCCUCCUUUGCUUGGACAGACAGGUACCGCCACUCCCAGUCCGAAUGCCUGUACGUCUCGAAAGUACACGAUUUGGACAAUCCUUUUGGGAUUGACAUGUUUCAACCAGAGAGGUCACAAAAUCCAUUUCAGGAGGAUGUUUUUGACCCACUGAAAUACAUGAAUAUUUCGGAUGGCGAGAACGUUGUGGCAACAGACCAUGUUGAGAUGAGACAGAAGCCGAGCCCGAUGGUUGAGGACAAUAUGACAGACUCGACACCUGGUCUACGUAAGGCUGAGAGUAGAGACUCUCUAGAUCUGUUAGAAGAAUACUACCGUGAGGAAGACAACGGGGCAUUUCCUGAUUCCCUGAAAAUGAUCACCAAUCAGCUGGGGAUCCCGGGGUCAGGGGUCGAACUGGUCAACAACCUUAAACCUACCACAGCUCGGGAACAUGUGGUCAGGCAUUACAUGAGAAUGAGGGAGGAGGAGUUCACCUAUAAGAAAUACUUUACUGUGUUUUGUGGAACUUGGAAUGUGAAUGGCCAGAGUCCUCCAGUAACGCUGAAGCAUUGGUUAAACAGACUGGAUACUCCACCAGAUAUAUAUGUCAUAGGAUUUCAGGAGCUAGAUCUUAGUAACCAGGCCUAUGUGUUCAGUGAUUCUGUGAAGGAAGAACAGUGGAACAACGCUGUCAGGAAGAGUCUGCCUGGAAAAGUCCGAUAUAGAAAGGUGAAGCUGAUUCGUAUGGUGGGAAUUAUGUUAUUGGUAUACGUCAAAGAUUCCCUCGCCCCAGAUGUUCCCCCUCACCUCAUAGACGCAGACUCCGUGCCCACAGGCAUCAUGGGAAUUAUGGGUAACAAAGGAGGGGUGGGGGUAAGGAUGACCCUCCACAAUACCUCCCUGUGUUUUGUUAACACCCACUUAGCAGCUCACCAAGACGAGUAUGAACGAAGAAACCAGGAUUAUAGAGAUGUGGAAGGCAAGAUGAGGUUUAAACAGUUCCUGCCUCCACUAUCAAUAUCAGAACACGAUCAAAUAUUUUGGAUUGGUGAUCUGAACUACAGAAUAAAUGGGCUGGACAUUGAGAAGGUGAAGACCAUGAUUGACAAGGGGAAAUACCCAGAUCUUCUCAGCUAUGAUCAGCUUCAUCAACAAUUAUACAGAUCUGAUGUGUUUAAGGGCUACAGGGAAGGCCAGAUAAACUUCAAGCCCACAUAUAAAUACAACACAGGAACCAAUGAGUGGGACUCUAGUGAAAAGAAUAGAAUUCCAGCCUGGUGUGACAGGAUUCUGUAUAAAGGGGAGGGGAUAGAACAAAUUCACUAUACCUCCCAUCCUGACCUACUUAUCAGCGACCACAAACCUGUGUCCUCACUGUUCCAGAUAGAGGUAAAAGUGAUUGAUAAAGAAAAAUCCAAUAAGGUGUAUGAAGACGUAAUGAAAAAGCUGGACCGACUAGAAAAUGACUACCUACCUCAAGUCAAGUUAGACAAAACAGAGUUCCUGUUUAAAGAUGUGAUGUUUAUAGAGAUGAGAUCAGAAAUUCUGACUGUCUGUAACACAGGUCAGGUUCCUGUGGAGUUUGAAUUUAUAAACAAACUAGAAGAGAAGAGUUAUUGUCAACCAUGGCUCAAAAUUUCACCAUACAAAUCUGUGAUAACCCCAGGAUCAAGCUGUGAAAUCCAUUUAGACGUGCUGGUAGAAAAGACUUGUGUAGCGGCAUUAGAUGCAUCCAAUCACGUGUUAGAUGAUAUCCUGGUCCUACAUCUUAAUGGUGGAAAGGAUUUCUUUGUAACUGUGAAUGGAAACUUCAUCCCAUCCAGCUUUGGUUGUUCCUUAGAGGCCCUCGUUCAGAUGCAUGGACCAAUAAGAGAGACUCCUACAGCUCAGCUGAUAGAGAUAGAGCAGCCAGGCAGUCUGAUGUCUAGAGAUUUAACACAGGGAGGCAGACUGUAUGCUGUACCUAAGGAAGUAUGGAGGCUUGUUGACCAUAUAUGGCAUUAUGGGAGAGACAAGAGUGAGUUGUUCCAACAGGCAGGAUUAACUAAAGAGCUGCAGGCCAUCAGAGAUUGCCUAGACACAGGUGUACCUGAUAAGAUCCCUGGCAGUAUUCAUUCUGUGGCCGAGGCCUUGUUACUAUUUUUAGAAUGUCUCCCAGAUCCAGUCAUUCCCAGCAGGGUUUACUAUAGAUGUUUAGAAUGUUCCGCUAACUACAUGGUGUGUAAACAGGUGAUUUCCCAGAUCCCAGAACAUCACAAGAACCUGUUCCGUUAUUUAUGUGCAUUCUUGAGGGAACUCCUCAACCAUUCCCAACAAAACAACCUAGACAUUAACAUACUGUCCUCUAUAUUUGGAGAAAUCUUCCUACGCCCCCCGCCCAACACCCUUGCAAGAUCUAUAUCCUCCCCGGCCCAGAAAGCCAAACAAAAGGAGGAGGAGAUAAAGCGGGCUGCCUUUGUUGCCCACUUCCUGGCUAACGAGUUUGAUGAAUAAUGAAGCCAUAUAUUAGCCAACUGUUAUGUAGAUUAGAGAAUAUUAGGAUAGAAAUGUCCUCGGUGCUGUGGAGCCAUUUUUGACUUAUGGAUCUGUGAUGGAUAAUUGCAUUUAUUGUUUGAUGAAACAAGCUGAGGGUUCUGGGAUAUGUGUGAAAGUAGUGUUUGUUGGUUUUAGUUUGGAAUUAAUAUAUGUACAUGUAUCUCCUAGGCAUUUUCUUGGAAAAAUGUUACAAGAGGGAGAAGCUAAGCAAGGAGGAUCAUCAAGAAUGCAUGUUUUCUACAAGUCAAGGUCAACAAAAGAGGGUUUAAAUUUAAAAUUAAAAAAAAAACAAAAAACAUGCAACUGGAUGGAAUGUACAAAACCAAGACAAAAUCAGUUCAGCAUAAUAUUUUGUGAAACAGUCUUUAAAACCUGAUUAAUAUGCUAUUUAAUCCCCCCCCCCCAACUGCUGUUCUUCAUAGGGACAUUGUGAAGUAUGCACAUACACACCAACACACCAGGACUACACGGUAAAUAGCUGAUACUGGGAAUACCAUUGGUAUGUUUGUAUGACACUUUUUCAAUAAAACUUCAUAUUUUUUGUCCUGCUAAGAUAGGUAUUGUAAAGUAGUUAUAGGUCAGUCUUUAAUUUAUGUGAAAUAUUUGUCUUAGUUUCUUAACUAUUUCUUAGUUGGAUUUUAAUUUUUCUUUUAGUAUUUUUUCUUCUCAAAC